CUUCUUCUUUCUGCAUUGCAGAACUACACGGAAUAUGUUGGUGCAAAGAGUACAUUUCGCCUUCUUAAUAGAGGAUCUGCAAAGGCACUGGAUAAAGUUGUUGAGUUAGAUGAAACAAAAAAGGAGGCAUUGAUCGUUAAGACAACAAUACAUGAUAUCAUGAACCAGAUGAUUCGGGAACUUCCAAUAACCAAUCCAGUAUACCUCAUGCUAGGCACAUCAUUUGGUUCCUCUGCUAAAGGAACUGGGCUUAAAGCUCUUGAAUUUGCUCUCUCUAAUUCAAAUAUAUUUUGA